CGGCAGGACCCCGAUCCGUGCCCACAUGCCCACCCCGCGCCGGGGAAGGGUGUUCCCGGGGCGGGCGAAGGGCGGGAAGGGGGGCGGGUUAUCGAGAGGGAAAAGCCACGGCUGUCGGUGCAGAUCGAGCUCGCAUCCAGCGCCGACCGUCGGGGCUCCUCGUCCGCCUGUGGCCAUGGGGCUGCAGCCGCGGCGAGCCGCGGGGCCCUGCCCGCCCGCGGGGCGAGGCGCUGCCCUGCCCGGAGCGCGCCCCGCGGCUCCCUGGGCCCGCAGCGAUGAGCCGGAGGGGGUUCCCGGCCGCACCGCCACCCUGCCGCCCCUCCUGCCGGCCCCCACGGCUUCCUCCGCUGCCCCCCGGCCGCAGCCCAAGAAGCCGCCGGCGGCCGCCUCGGCUCCCAAGAAGGCAGCACCGCGGCCCGCAGAGGAGAAGGCGCCGAGGAAGCCGCGUGGAGCGCCCCCGGAGCGGCCGGGCCCCCUCUCCAGCUCCUGGCCGUGCUCGUCCCUGCAGCGGCCGCCGCCGCGGAGGCCGCCGACCGAGCGGGCAGCGCGGCCCCAGCCCGCCCCGCCGCAGCCGCGAGGGCGCCCGGGGGCAGGCAGCCGGUCCUGCGAGAGCCUCGGCGGGGGGCCGGGGGAGGCGGCGGGGCGCUUCUCUCUCAGCCUGCCCCCGGAGGCGAUCCGGGUGCUGCAGCGCCGCAGCCUGGAGCGGCAGCGGGGGCAGAUCACCCCCGCGCCCGGCGGCAGAGCGGCCCUGGCCCGGCGUGGCGGCGGCGACCUGCGCGCCCUGCUGAAGGUUUCGCUGCUCAACGACCAGCACCGCUACGACGACGAGGAGUACGAGGAGGAGGAGGAGGCGGGAGCCGCAGCGGACGAGGGGCUGGUGCGGAAAUGCACUGAGUGGCUGCGCGGCGUGGAGAACGCGGUCGGCCGCGACCACCCCGACCGGCUGGAGACGCUGCCGCACCUCGGCACUCUCUGAACCCCGCCGGGACCGGCUCCGGGGGAGCGGCGCGGAGGGGGCCGCCGGAUCGGGAGGUGGGGCCGCCGUCUGCAGCCGUCAUGCCCUUUGUGGUGCCGUCGGCGCCGGGGAUUCCGCGGUGGGGCCCGUCGAGGAGCCCCCGGCCUGGAGCCGAUCCCCGGGGCGGCGCCGCCGCUGGGGCGAGGGACAAAGGAGCGGCGACGGCCGGUGCCCGGGUGCUCGGAGGAAGGGCAGCUGGCUGUGGGCGUCCUGCUUCUACCCUUGGGGUUUUUUAAGACUUACGAAUACUUUAUAAGAUGUGCGUAAUGGUUUUGUAUAUUUGUACAUAAAAGUUCAUUUUUAUUUAUUUGAAUAAAUUACUCUUGUGUUGCGGUAGCCUUUGCGGCUUGGUAGCUUCGCGUCCCUAGUCUGGCGGUGUCCACCAGCGUGUGUUCGCUGUCUCGGUGUCCUAAAGGUAAGGAUGGCGGGCCGACCACCGUGGGAAGAGCCUGGUGCCGUUCACAGGUUAGCUUGUUGAUUCAGUCGCCGGCAACUCGGCUCCAAAGAAAACGCUGAGGCGGCGGAGGCGGGAUAUCGAGCAGGUGGGGGCGAGCCCGUCCCUGCUGGGGGGCAGAUGGCAGCAGGGGCGGCCACCGCGCCAGCGGGGAGCAUCCCUCCCGGGAAGAGACUUGGACAACGGGAGGAGGAGGGGGCAAUGCGGGCGGCCGCAGAGUGGGCAGAGGCUGAUCCGGUUCCCUGCGCCCGGGGCCGCUUGUGCGCCGGGCAACGGAAGGGGAGCGGCUGGGUCUGUGCGUGUUCAGCGCGAUUUCACCCUUUCCCAGACAGUAAUUCAGACACAUCCGACCUCUCGAGCUGCUGCCAAUUUACGAGGUGGAGGAGGAAGGAAGGAGGGAGGGAGCGCAACGUCAGCAUCCUUUGUCAGCACUCCUCGGCCUCCCAUUGCCGGGGCCCACCGCAGCCUUUCCCGCUCCGGGCUGUGACCGUGCCUGGUGCUCAUCAGAGCUCUGUGUGUUGGGAGAGGUGAGGGGGGCCCGCGAGAGGUACAAAAAUUACCGUCAGAAAAGGAAAGGUAAAUCUUUAAUAGGCUGACAGUUGUCUCGGCCGCCUGCUGCCGUUCUAAUAUUGUUACCCAGCUUCUCAGGACAACAGUCAGACCUAAGCAUUUACUGUGAUUGUAUAAAUGUUUUGCAAAUGAAUGUUUGAGCAUAUAGGAACACGUUAAAUUGAAUUACUCUUCGCAGAGUAAAACAAAGAUUAGUGCCACAUAUUGAGCGUUAUACAUUUCACUUAGAUGUCAGUUGUUUACACCAAAUGACAUUUGUGUUGACUGUUCCAUUAAAUCAUGGAAGAUAAACCUUUCUAUAUAUUAAUUGCACCAUGUAGCAGUGUGCUACAUUUUGGUUUGUUCAAGCACUUUUUUCCAUUUUUUUUCACCUGCCAUUUCAGGAAUGACAUGCUUUGAGAAAAUAUUUAUUUAUUAAAUGCAUUGAUACUGCCACUGAAAAAGUGAUGAACCAGUGUAAGACAAGUGUGAAAUAGCUAUGCUCAAAGGCCGCAGAGAAAAGCAAGGGGCAUGAGAAUUUACGGAGUCUGUUUCAUAUACACAAAUGCAAAGAUUCAUUUGUAGUGAUAGCGAUGAAAUACAUGCAUCUUCAUAUCACUUUAGCUGAGUUUGCAUGUAGUUCUAUGUAAUUAUCAAUUUUCAGUAACAUCUUCAAGCAAAUAUGCCUCAAAAAUUGCAAAUUUCCCACCAAAUUUAAUAUAUGCUGGAUUGAUGUAGUCUCACUUUUUAUUGUUGUUUUUCCGUCUUCUAACAAUAACGAAAACGGUAGUAGUUGAACUAUAGCUGAAUUUUCCUUUUAUGUCUCUUUUGGAAAUGCAAGUUUACAAAUGAGCAUCCUGGACUCCUAAUGUUGUUCCUUGAAACUGCUCUAUGGUUUCAUAUCAACUAUAAUCAGUAUCUCCAAUUGCAAUAAAAAGUGAUUCACUCAUUAUGGGCUGAAGUACAUUUAAGCUCGUGAGGCUGAAAGCUGCUUUGUUCAGAGCCUGAAAUGUGGAUAAAAAAAAUCAAUAAAUUUGAAUGCACAGCAACAGAAAAUACAGCAUGAGCUGAGUGGGUGUGAAAUUGAAGAUGACUGCCAACUCUGACAAAGGAGGAACCUGCUCAAAGUACACUAGAAAGAAGAAUUUGAGAACUUGGGAAUUACCUUUUUUUUUCCCCUGAAGAAUUGAUUAGAGCAAAGCUAUCCAGAAGCCAUGCCGAUAAGAUCUUUUGUGUUAGGUAUGUCAUUGUGCAUGGUAACUGGAAGUGGGACUGAGAUGGGCUCAUCCUGAGAUGAUGUUAUGCAGUCCUGAUUUUGGGCCAGAUGUUAAGAGCCACUGGAUUCUCUGAAUUCGUAUAACUAAUGUCUGACUGUAAUAGUACCUCCUUCACCAAAUGGUAACAUUAAGAUUUAUUGUUUUCUUUAUUUGCUCCCUUUCUGUUCCCUUUGAAUGAUAAAUGAUGCCCCUAGUGUUCU